CUUAUUUAUGAAUAUGUGCCAAACAAAAGUCUUGAUUUCUUUCUAUUUGAUUCUCAACAACAAAAGUUGUUAACUUGGGUUGAACGCUUCAAUAUCAUAGGAGGAAUUGUUCGUGGACUUCUUUAUUUGCAUGAACAUUCUCGACUCAAAGUUAUACAUCGGGAUGUCAAACCUAGCAAUAUUCUAUUAGACGAAAAUAUGAUUCCUAAAAUUUCAGAUUUUGGUUUGGCUCGAAUUGUUGAAAUAAGUCAAGAUGAGGGAAGUACAGAUAGAAUUGUUGGAACAUUUGGUUAUAUGUCUCCGGAAUAUGUAAUGUUUGGACAAUUUUCUGAAAAAUCCGACAUAUAUAGUUUUGGAGUUAUGCUUGUAGAGAUUAUUGCUGGAAAGAAGAAUAAAAGUUCGUUUACUCCACAUCAUGUUGCUGAUGGCCUCUUGAAUCAUGUAUGGAGACGGUGGAUGGAGGAAACACCUUUAAGUAUACUGGAUCCAAAUAUUAAAGAAUAUCAUUCUACAAAUGAAGUCAUUAAGUGCAUUUAGAUUGGUCGAUUAUGUGUUCGAAAUGAC